UGGGAAUUGUAGUCCUCGUGGGGCCACGAACGCCUCAAGGAUAAAAGAAGCGGGAAGCGCUGCCUCAGAGUUGGCAGCCAUGGCCGACGGCGGCGACGCCUCCGAUAGCGACGAGACCAUCAUCGAGGGCUCCGUGCUGGAGAGCGACCUGGACGAAGAGGAACUCCGCGGGAAAAGGUUAUUUUUAAUUGGUAAGGAUAUAGCACUGGCAGCAGAAAACGACAUUACUAAAGGAGUCAGGAACAUAAAUGAAGGAGAGUUAUCUCCAGAGAUCCAGUUCAUCUUUAAACCUGGUGAUAAUCUACCAAUUCUAAAGGAAAAAGAUCCAGUUAAUCUUCUAUCCCCAGAGAGUGAUGAAAAGGAAGAUUCACCAUCUCUGCUCCAAUCUGGGAUAAACUGUCCAGUCUUUGCUGCAGGUAUUAGACAAGCAGAUUGUCCACAGGUUGCUACUCCAGAUGGAGAAUACCAGAAUUCAUUGGGUUUAGGUUUGGAAGUGGGUGCACUUGUAGAGCUAUCAGACAGAAAUAGAUUAAAUAAUGAGAACUCUCCAGAAAGAAGUCUUCUUUCAGUCAUGGAUAUAGUAGAGGACUCAAUAACAAAAUGUACAGAGCCAAAGAAGGUCUUUCAGAGUUCUGAGAUUACUAGUGAAGGAAAAGAUAUGACAGACAAAGGACCAUCACUGACAUGUGGUAUAACUGCAAAUAUAAUAGUUGCCAAAAACUUUGAAAAAAUUUUAAUGGAACCACUCACUGAUUCUGAGACUCAACAAAUGGUUGAACUGUUGGGAUAUCAGGAUGAUGCUCUGUCUAUGGAUCCAUCUGGAAAUGAGGAAAGCAGUGACCUACCAGCAGAGCUUUUCCGAGCACUGAACUGCUUAUCAGAAUCGGUAGCACAAUAUGCCAUUUUCCACCCACUAGAAAAGGAUACUACUAUAGAAAAAUAUCUAGAUCAAACAGAUGAUGACUGCACACAAAUAACAGAAACAAAUUUGAAAUACCAGUUGAAUUCUCAACACUUUGAAGAAACAGAAGCUGAAAUGGUGACCAAGAUGGUAUGUACUUCAAAAGAACAAAAUAUCAAUUCCCAUGACAGACCAGCUGAAAAAGAAAAUUCUACCUCAAAGGAUACCAGUUCAUGUGAACAACCUGACCAAGUAUCUUCAUUCAGGAACUCAAAUACUAAAGAUAAGACACAGAAAUGUUCACAGCUGGGAAAUGGUUCAUUGCUCCAUUCGCCUUCAAAUAGUAAUUUCAAAGUUAAGCCAGUAAGAAAAAGCCAGAGGAUUGCCAAGAAACAAAGGCAAUAUAAUUACAUUUCGCUGUUAGCCAGAAAAAACACUUCUGGUCAGACUAUAUUGCAUAGGGCUGCUAUGGAAGAUGACUUAGAUUGUAUCCUUACAAUGAUACACAACGGUGCAGAUGUGGAUGUUCAGGAUGAUGCAGGUUGGACUGCACUACAUAAAACCAGUGUCGCUGGUUUUUUUGAAGCAACAAAUGAACUUUUAAAAGCAGGAGCUGAAGUUAACUGUAAAGGAAAAGAUCAAGUAACACCAUUGCAUGAAGCAGUUAAAGGAGGCCACUACAAGGUGGCAGAAUUGCUGCUUUGGUAUGGAGCUGAUCCACUGACUAAGAAUGAGAAAGGGAAGAGUGCUUUAGAAGAAUCCACUGACAGGCAUAUGACGAAACUACUUGAACGCUAUAGCGCUAAAUUUAGAAAAAACUCAGCAGCAGGAGAGAGAGAGUUACACUCUUCCAGAUCUAAGAAAACACGUUGCUGUGAUGGCUAUGAAAAUGAUAAUCUCGUUUUACAACCCACAUCAGCUAGUCUAAAAUGUGGUAAGAAUGAAUCUAUCAAUAAAGUACUGCAGGAAGUAAAUGAGAACCAGGAAAGACUUUUGCUCUUUGAAUUGAAAAACCAAAAAGAUGCAGAUCUUUAUAUUCAACACCUGACUCAGAUACAAAACACCCUGAAUGAUAUUCUGGCCAAACAGAAAUCAGAAAGAGAUAAACUUGUUAACAAAUACAGAGCUUCUGCGGAAUCUUUUAAACAAGGUGCUCUGAGGGAACAACUAAUAAAGCUUGUAUCCAGACAAAAGAGACUUUUACUUAUGGCUCAGAAGCAAAAAGAACUAGGCGGGAAAAUACAGAAUUAUAAGACUUCCAGAAAAGAGUUUUCAAGUUCAAGCAAAAAUGUACUUGGUUAUUGUGAAAGCAGCAACACGAAGCAUGACACAUGUCAUAAAACAGUGCCAUGUCUUGAUGUAGUUAAAAUUAGUAGUGUAAUGGAACAUAAUUAUUCAAGCAGAUCCCCAAAUUUUCCAGUAGGAAAUGGACAAGUAAUUGGCCAAAAAGAAGUUGAUCAGCAAAAUUUGGCGGGUGAAUAUUCAAAGUCUUUUCAUGCAGUGGACCAGGCAAUCUUACCUUCAGCCUCUUGUAUUCAACAUCUAAUAGAAACUGAUAGUUUAUCAGUGACACCACAAAGAAACAAACCUCUGACUGUAACAUCAAGAAUAUAUAUAUCAAAUGACUCAGAAACUGGAAGUAGUGGAAUAAUUAAUAGCAAUCAACCAGUCACUGAAAGUCAGCAAGUUUUUACGAAUGAGCUUUUGCAGCCACAUUCAGAUAUAAAUGAUUCUUUCCAAAUGCAACCAGAACCCAUGUACUGUUAUCUUAGUACUCCGAAAAACACAAUUCCAAAGAAUAGGAUUUCAUUUACUGCUAAUUUAGAACCUGCAGAAAUAUUUUCAAAAAGCAUGAUCACUCAGACUGCCUCAGAUUCUGCUAGUCAAUUAAGCUUCAGAAGAAGUAAAAGUAAAACACAUCCGUUAGCAAACCUGUUUCAAAGGGGAAAAAUUAAGCCAGGAGAGGAUGUUCUAGAGUUCAUGCUGGAGGAUUCUAAGCAUAAAGCUAGCCUUUUGGAAAAGGGCAAAGUCAAAGGUGGCAACAACUCAAUUUACCAGAAUCCGCGUCAGUGGGUUAAAGCACUAUUAGGAAAUGACAUUGCUGUUACCUGGAAAUAUGUCAGCAAUAAGGUUAAAUACUGUGGAAAUCUGUUAUCUGAUAUUAUGGCUGAAGUUCAUGUUCCUCGGGGUCCAGAAUUACUGUUGAAGCAGAAAAGUCUACCUGUAGAACAGGAUCACAAUCAAGAUACUGAAGACAAUUCCUUUAGUCAUAACAAUGGUUUCCUCCAGGACAUGGAAAAUACACAGCAAGAAAUUGCAUCUUUUUCUCAAGAAGGAGAAAUCCCACAAUCCUGUGAAAUAGAAUCUGAGGAAAUACCUUCAUCAAUGUUCAAAAAAACUUUCCUUUUAAGUUUGUCCCCCAGUAACUAUCUUUAAAACUGAAGUGGUGACCUUGCCAUGCCUGUAAGUUUUGCAUUUCUACGACUCUUCCUUCACACAGACAAGUCUGCCUAUAAAGAUCUGUUCCUGGGCACUUCACUCCAUCCAUCCGAAGCAGUAGACUUCAUCCACAAAAGUUUAUGCUGCCAACUUUUCCCUUUCAGUUAGUCUCUAAGGUGCUAUAUGAUUCCUUUGCAUAUUGCUAUUCCAGAACAACUCAGCUAUGUCUCUGAAAUCUGCCGCCAUGAAAACAUGCACAUUAACGUAUCAUUCUUCCUCUUGACUUGUUAUUCAAUAAGUAAAAAUAAUUUUUCCAUGAAGAGUCAUUCAAUCUGAUGAGCCCCCAAUUAUACUCUGCUUUGAUGUAAGUUUAAUUUACAUCUUCUAGGCAUCACGUGAUAGCUGGAGUAGGGCCAUCUUAUCAGACUCCUUGUUCAGCAUAAGAAAUCAAGAGCUUGAUUCUCUCAAAGAGAAAGCUGUCUAGCUGAUAUCUGAAGAACUUCAGAGAUUUAGUAUACCAUUUUAGCAGGGAUCUACACUCUUGUAAGCAUUUUAAUAUAGCUCUGUCUUCUGAGACUCAAAGAAGAAAUGUUUAAACUCUGUGAUACUGACAAUUCUUUAGUUAUUGUUGUAGCCCAGCAGCCGUCACAGCAGUCAGGGCUGAUGGGUUCUCCGAUGACUUAGACUGAGAUGGGAUUGUGGGCUUUCCUGGGAUUCAUUCUCAUGCAGGCCCUGGGAUUCAUUCUCAUGUAGAGCCAGAAAAUGAAACUGUUUUAGACAGAGAGACAGGCACAGAUGGGCCUGAGAAUGUAAUUAUCUUUAAACCUCAAUGCCAACCAUAAGAGUUGGAAUCAUUCUCUCCAGAUAAGGAAUCUAGAAGACAAAUUGAAGUGAAAUUCUCACCUGAUGACAUUGACCUAAGCCAGGAGGCUCGCCUGCAAAUUUGCACAGAUAUUCAGCUUCGCAGGUCAACACAGCUUCCUGGGAAGCAAAAAUUCCAGGGUAGAUGUAAUGCUUUCAUGUCUGUUUAUUAGAAGCUAACAGGCACUCUGCUCUUCAGUUCAGACAACUUGGCCUUCAAGUUACAGCCAGACUUGGGUUCUCUAGUUCUUUUCUUGGUUUUGGGAUUCAAGUAUUCUGGGAGUUUUCCAUGUUCAUGUUGUGUAUCCUUGUUCAGGUUUUGCUUAUGGACUCAAGCUGCUUUUGGAUUUUGGGAUUAUUCUUGAUGUCUUGCUUUUGGAUUUACAAGAGUCAUUUGAUUGCUUACUUUUUGGAUUCCACACCUUAUUCCCUUAUCCUUGCUUUUUACUAUAUAUAUCUUUUGUGUGUUUUUACAAUGAACCAUUUGUCUUUACUCUGGACUCUUGUGUGAUGCUCUGGUCUUAGGUGGCUUCAGGUCUGGGGUGCAACAGUUAUAUGAAGACCGUUAUCACAACCAUCUAUUUUCAGUCUUUGGGAUGGUCACAGUUACCCACCAGUGAUCAUCCCAGGUAAUGCAGGACCACAUCAGAUUAUCAUUUUCUUGUAACUCCACCUUCUUCCAAUUUAAUAAGCACUCAUUAACAAACACUCAUUACAGGUUUCCAACUAGUUAUGGCUAAUAUUAUUAUUUAUUUCAGGAGUGGGCAUCUGCCAGGGAUCAGGGAGGCUUGUAGUGACCCCUCAUGGGACUACUUUGGAAGGCUACACUCUCUCAGUAUUCCCACCAUUCAAAAUUGUGGCUUUUUUUAAAAGCAUCUUUGGUCCAAUAUGCCCUGUAUUGCCCCCAGGAUUUAUGUGGGAUCUUUUAUCAUAUUUUGGGGGCACUUUGGGCAGUGUUAAGCUCAAGAGAGGCAUAUAUUUUUCAAAUACAAAAAAAGUAAGAAAAAUAGUGAAAAUACCUUGUGUGUGUUGGUGUUGUGUUCCAUCAACAAAAAUAUAGCCCUGAGAGGAUGCAUUGAGAUCCACAGGUUACAGAUUCUUCAUGUCUUUUUUGCCGCCAUUAUAUUAGUUGUCUGUACAAGAGUGCAUUUAACCACUUUGUAGCUGCAAAUCUGCUUGGUGUUACCAGAUAUACUGCAGGCCUGAGGCUCUCUCCUCAUUCCUUGCAAUGUGGAAUCCUUUUACAAUUGCACAUCUUAUUUUUAAAAUCAAAACUGCUGAUCUUUCAACUUUUUACACAAUAUAUUCUAUCAAUGUACUGUAAAAUGAAGUGAUGAUAUGUCAUUUCAUGCCAUUAACCUAUUAAUUCCAUCUCACUUGGGCGAAACACUUGAAAAAUAUGCCAGAUUCCUAGGAGCCAGCACCAUAAUAUUUAAUGAUUUAAUUGAUAGUUAUAUGUUAUUGUUGCUCUAUGUUAGAUUUUAUAUGUAUGUGAGGCAUUAAAUUUUGCCAUAAAUAUGUUGUAAAUCGCUCUGAUUCUCCCCCUAGUAUGAGAAAAGCAGUAUACAAAUGAAGUAAAUAAUAAAUGAAUAAUAUAAUACAGAAAUAUAAGGAUUAUGACAUUUAAAUAUAAAUAUUAAAAUAGCCAAAGCAAGAGAUUUGAUUUUUUAAAAAUCUGAGACCUCAUAUAUCCAUGAAAGAGGGAAAUGGGCCUGUGAUAACAAAUUAAGGUACUCAAAGGUAAGUUGUUUUGUUCCAUACAUUUUAAUGAUGCGUGAGUAUUACAGAUGACAUUAAAACAAUAAUUACAGCUUUCAGUUUCCUAUGGUUUAUAACCUUAUUAACCUUCUAUUUCUGCAAAGUACGUGCUCUCUAUUUUCUCUAUUUACUACUGAAGGGCCUUUGUUUUCAAAUCAUUCUUGUUUUUUAUAUUACAUUCUUUUAUAAUUAAGUCUAGUCUAGACUGUUUUAAAAUAAUUUAACAAAGUUCUAAGCUUGCUUUUUUGCAUUCAUCUAAUAUGCUGUUUGAUAUAAUAAAAUCUGUGCUUGAGGUAUAUAUUAUGAGAAUGCACAGACAUACUAGAUAAUAAGGAAUGACAGCCAAAGCCAAAAUAGAACAUUCAACUAUGUGAACAUAUGGCUGCAAACAGCAUCCUCUUAGUGAACAUCUACUUUACCUCUGCAAUGAAUCUUUCAAAAUAAAGCUGAUUGCUUUUUAAAUAACAAAUACUUGUGGUGUGCAUUUGCUGAUGUAGUGUUAAAUGGGUUUGACACUGAAAGGUUUAAUCAGGAAUUAGGUCUUAAAAUAGGGAGAGCAUCUGGACAUUGACAUGUGAAAUAUAGUUUUUGUGAGGCAUUAUUUUAAAAUAUGACAUCUGUUUGAGAUGAGUUUUCCAACUUGUAUGAACAUCUUCCCUAAGGAUAUCUUUCCAUCUUGCUCUUGGUAGACAAAGGCACUCAAAUGCAGCAACCCAGACUAGCAUCCAACUGUUUCUAUUGGCACAAUCGGGGGGGGGGGGGGG